UGAUGCGUCCAAAAUGACAAAUCGCUGUUCCAUUUGGCCGGCCGUCAAGGGUCAACUUUGACUAGCUUAGGGACCUACAUGGGAGACUAACGACAGCCCAACAUAACAUAAUCCCCAAAAAAGAAAAAAAAAUCAAUAUGACCAGAGAAUUCAUUGCUUUCGAGCAGGACUCUUCCUUAAUUUCCGUCUCAGUCAUAAUAGCAAACACAUCCGGAGUCGCGUGAAAAGUCUAACGUUGGACCUUGUUUGUUUUCAUUUCCAAUUUUUCGCUACAUUUCCAUUCUCAAGUGUAAGAAAAAACCUCUCUUUCUAAGCACUCUCAAGGAUUCCUCACCUCCUUCUAACUCUUCUUCUCUCCCCAACAUGAUUCCCCUCUAAUACCAAACCUAAUCCACUGAAAAGGGUAGCUGAAGGAAACUUGCUCUCUCGGACAGUUACUGGUCCUUGCUCACGCUUCUCGUUGAUAAUACCAACCCACAAUCUCACUCCACUCAAUCCACAACCAUCUCUUGAUCAACUUCUCUUCACUCGACACUGCGUCCAGGUCGGAUCGAUGUGCCCGAUGAUUCCAAAGACCACUCUGUCCAUGCUCCUCCUCUUGGCCAGCAUAGUCUUGCCGAUCCUCACGGCUGCAGCGCAUAAAGCCAUCCACCCGCCCUGCAGCCAGACCUGCAGCUCUGGAAUGCCCGCAAAGCAGAACCUGACGUACCCGUUUGGGUUCUCGCCAGGCUGCCCAAUCCAGCUCAACUGCACCGAGGAUGGGGACGCCCUCAUCGGGGAGUUCCUUGUGCAGUCCGCGUCCCCGGACACCAUCACCAUCACCAUCGAGGCCAACUGCAGCCGCCCGUUCGGGUCCAUUGACCAGCUCUACGGCCGCAACUACGCCCCGGUGGGGAAGAACUCGGUCCUGCUCAGCAAUUGCACGCAGACCUCCCCAUGCGACGUGCCCAAUACGCUGGUCAUCCAGGCCCAGUUCCAGUCCCUCUGUGAGUCUAGCACCAAGAUCAACACCAGCAUGAAUUGCUACUCCGAGAAGCCGAACCACUACAACGUGACGUUUCUCAACCACAGCAAGCUCUUCGCCCUUGGCUGCGAGUACUUUCUGUCGUCGAUAUCGGCGGAGGAGCUGAACAACGUGUCGGUGUCGCUGGGCGUCCAGAUGUUACAGCUGUUCUGGUGGGUGAACGGCGACGAGUGUGAGUGCUCCCAGGAUGCAGACUGUGUUCAGCUCUUGGGGCUGCCGAACGGCGGCGGAAAUGGGUUCCGGUGCAAGUGCAGGGACAGGUUCCUCGGCGACGGGUUCUUGGCCGGAACCGGCUGCCGGAGAGGUUAGCUGGAGGUUUUUAUUAUUGUUGAUUGUUUCGACCAAUUAUCCUCUGCGAUCAAAUUAAAAGUUGGUGCUAAGAAUGCCAAGAUGGUAUACAAUAUUAAUAUGCGAACUCUUAUGGCUGACCUUUAGUCGGCUAAGAAUAUGACCGUUUACUCAACUUCUAG